AUGGUAAUGGGGGUUCGAAGAGUCCUGAGUUCAUUGGCUAGAAGGGGUUAUAAUGCUUCACCUCUGCCAUUGAUAAAUUCAAUCUUCCAAGAUAAUUCAGAUUCGACUAGAAAAAUCUCAAGAGUUGGCGGUUGCGAUCAAGAUGAAGCUAAACCUGAAGAUUAUGGAGCAGAUUUAACUUUAAUAGACCUAAAUCAACAACAAACUCGAAAAUGCCGAUGUAGAAUGAAAGUUAUCGCAGCUAUCGGUAUGAUAUUGGCAUUGGUGACUGCAUAUUUUACCGUAUUUGGUACCUUCCAUGGUGCUGAUUCACCCAAAUGUCACUCUGUUUACAUGUACCCAUCAUACGCCAAAAUUGAUGGAUUUGAUUCUAAAUUUACUUCAUUGGCUCAAAAAUACCACCUGUAUCUUUAUAGAGAACAAGGAUUAGAUACAGAACCGAUGGAAGAUAAUUCAAUUCAGUUAGAUGGGAUUCCAGUUUUAUUCAUUCCUGGUAAUGCAGGAAGUUUUAAACAAGUUAGAUCGAUUGCAGCUAUAUGUUCAGAAUUAUAUUUUGCCAGUGAAGGCGAAAUAAAAAAUCCCUACAGGAGAAAUCUGGACUUUUUUGCCGCCGACUUCAAUGAAGAUUUUACAGCAUUCCAUGGAAGGACUAUGCUUGAUCAGGCAGAAUACUUGAACGACGCAAUCAGAUACAUCUUAUCACUCUAUGGGCAGAAUUAUUCGUAUGAAGGCCCUAUACCCACAUCUGUAAUAAUUUUAGGUCAUUCAAUGGGAGGAUUGGUCGCGCGUAUCCUACCUACAUUACAAAAUCAUGUACCAGAUUCCAUUCAAUCUAUCAUUACACUCUCUUCACCUCAUGCCGCAUCACCUGUCACUUUUGAUGGUGAUAUCCUGAAAAUUUAUCAGCAGACAAAUGACUUCUGGAGUUCUCAAUUUCAAGACAGAGAUUCAUUCAUGUCCAAAAACGUAUCGUUGAUAUCAAUAACAGGCGGGAUAUUAGAUUCUACUUUACCAGCUGACUAUACAGCUAUAGAGAACAUUAUACCAUUAGAAAACGGCUUCACCACCUUUUCCACAGGAAUCCCCGAUGUUUGGACUCCCAUUGACCAUUUAGCUAUUGUAUGGUGCAAUCAAUUAAGAGAGGUCAUCGGAAGGCUUUUACUGGAAACAGUUAAUACCAAUAGUACGGAGAAAGUGCUACCAUUGAAGGAGAGAAUGUCAAUUUCGAGAAAGCUUCUUCUUUCAGGACUUGAGGAAUAUGCGUCUCGGGAUUUUGAUUUGGCUGAUCCACAGCACCAUUUUAAAAAUUAUGAAGCUAAAGAUUUCGAAGGUGCUGAAGUUGUUAAACUUGACGAAAGAUUUACUGUGUCACCAGACAAUGUCGAUGUUUCAGCCAAAUAUACUAAAUUCAUUUUACCUGACAGUGAUCCGACUGCCAUGUUUUAUUUUCUUACAUCAAUGUCAUCUACUUCCAUGCAUUUUUGCAAAGAGGGUAAAUUUAUUAAUGAGAAGAAAGGUAGCAUACUAGAAUGUGUGGAUGCUGAACCAAAUCUUUUGCAUAUCCCUGCAUCGUCUGAAUAUACAGAGUCUCCCGGUGACUCAGGAAUGGAUGGGAGUUCAGAACCAUUCAAGUUUUUGGAAUUGGAUGGUAGAGUGCUUUCUCAUUACGAUUUUGUAUUGUUGAAGAGCCCCAAUCUGGCUGACAUUACAAAUGAAGAUUUUAUGAUUGCCGGCGUUACCUCAGGUAUUAAUAUGACAAUUAGCCCCGUAACACCUCUCGAAGUUGCUCUCUAUGGGUUUGAAAUUGAACUAAAUUCACAAUUUUCUUGGCACGAAGUUAGUCUCCCCAAUUUGUGGGAAUCUUUAAUCGCUUAUGAACUCGAUGUAAAAAUGGAUCACACUGGAGGAAACCCCAUUUUCGAGCCAUUUAUCAGACAAUGGAACCAUGAUCCUGGUGAAACUAAGUGGCAUGUUAACGUAGCACAAAAAAAGACUGACAUAUUCAUGCACAACGUUGCUCCUUUCGUCCCACUGGAGGAAACACACGAUAAGGCUCUCAAAUUGAAAGUUUUCCAACCACCUAAUUCCAAUUUACGUCUGAGGAUGAAAAUAAAUUGGAAAAUGACUUUGCAAAUGCUUUUCCUAAGGUACAGAUUGUCAUUUUUAGCUCUCCCCAUUAGUGUUGUUUCAAUUGUCAUGGCAUACCAGUUCUUUUGGUAUAAUAAAACCUCUAAUUUUUUGAAUUUCGAAGAUGCUUUGAGUUUGAUCUUAUACAAAUACUGGAUUUCAAUCACUAUUUUUCUAAUUGCAUUAUCACCCAUCGUCAAUUCCGAAAUUGUACAAAAAUUACUCUUCACACUAGACCCCAUAGGUUUUAACAGACCAUUUUUAUUAGGAAAUAUCCACAUGCAUGCAAACCUCUAUUUUUUGGGGAUCAGGAAUAAUUAUAUGUUGGGACUCGGUGUUUUCUUUACAUUGAUGACCAUUGGUGUUUUAGUGUUCAUUUCCCACUUAAGUCGAUUUCUGGAUCAAAUAAUUCACAAGUUGAAAAAAAUUGGGCUUUUUCCCUCACCAAAAGUGGACACAUCUAUGCCCGAAUCCCAACUCUUGGGACUUACCCGUUUAUCCACAUCGUUACUCUUAAUUUUAGCGGUAGUCCUUUACAUUCCAUACCAGUUGGCGGCGGCAAUUUGUCUAGUGAUUCAAAUUGGCACUUGUCUCAGAAUCACCUUUAUUUCGGAAAACAAUAGAACGAGAGAAUACCUUAACUUGAAAAAUUACAACUUUUGCGUAUUUUUGCUGCUGACGCUCAUCGUUGCGGUAGAUUCCCCCAUUAUCAUUGUUUUCCUUCACAACAUUGCAAUAAGAUGGGAAACACCCUUCAAGUCACAUCAUAAUUUCGUGGCUGUAGCCCCCAUGAUACUAUUAGUGGGCAUGAACUCCAGAUUGAACAUACCUCAGUAUAGUAAAUUUGACGGUAUUAUUAUCCUUGGCUUAUUGAGUUAUAUGGGAUUUUUCAGUUUGAUUUAUGGUACCAGAAAUCUUUACUGGACGCAUCACCUCUGUAACAUUACUUGCGCAUGGUUACUUUAUGGGAUGAAACAGAUAAUAGGACAAACUUGA